AUGAGAGGGGACGAUGAAGAAAACUGUGACAUUCGAGAGUCAAAGAGGAGUGUUUCAGUGCCGGAUGAUGUUGACAGAAGCAAACUACAUUGUCACAGUUACGGACAUCAGCUGAUUGUCGAAGCUCCUCUAAUAUUGAACGAGGAAGGAGAGCAGAUAAAGGUCGAGGAGAGGGACGACAUUCCUGAAGACGAUAACAACACCGAUUCUUUCAGACAAGACAUAGAUCUCUCCGUAUUCAAACCGAAUCACAUCAGCGUACAGCGUAGAGGAAAUGACGUCAUUAUCAGGGCUGACCAUAAAAAAGAAGAGAAUGGCGUCAAAGUAUCGCGAUCAUUCCACCGCGAAUUUAAGAUUCCAUUGAACGCUAAUCCCGAAAAAAUAUGCUGCCAUCGAAACACAAAAGGAGUUCUAAUAUUUCAAGCCCCAUUGAAUGCUGAACACAAUGACUAA